AUGCAAGAUAUACCAGAUAUGCAAAACAUGCAAGACAUGCAAGAUCCAAACAUGUACGUGGAUCAAUCUCAAAUGCAAAUGCAAUACGAUGAUUAUGGGAACCCAAUUUACCCAAAUCAAGGUCAAUAUAACAACAACCAAUACGAUCAAUACCAAUAUCAAGAUCCAUCUCAAAUGCAACAAGAUAUGAACGGUAAUUAUUACAAUCAACCAAAUGGGUUCCAGCAGGAUCCAGAAAACUUCUCUGAUUUCUCCUCUUAUGGUCCACCAGGCACUCCAGGUUAUGAUAAUUAUGAUCAAUCUGGUCAAUAUACACCAUCUCAAAUGACUUAUGAUGAUCCAAACAUGUCUGGUACUUCUACUCCAUACGGCCAAUACGAUCCAAAUACCAUUGCCAUGGCUUUACCAAAUGAUCCUUAUCCAGCUUGGACUGCUGAUUCUCAAUCUCCAGUAACCAUUGAACAAAUUGAAGAUGUUUUCAUUGAUUUGACAAAUAGAUUUGGUUUCCAAAGAGAUUCGAUGAGAAACAUGUUUGAUCAUUUCAUGACUUUGUUAGAUUCCAGAUCCUCGAGAAUGUCUCCAGAUCAAGCUCUUUUAUCCCUUCAUGCUGAUUAUAUUGGGGGUGAUACUGCAAAUUAUAAAAAAUGGUAUUUUGCUGCUCAAUUAGAUAUGGAUGAUCAAGUCGGUUUUAGAAAUAUGAACUUGGGUAAGAUUAAAAAGAAGAGAUUAAGAGCCAAGAAGAAGAAUAAGAAGAAGAUCGAAGAAACUAAUACCGAAGAAGAUGCAGAAAAUACUUUGAAAGAAUUGGAAGGUGAUAAUUCUUUAGAAGCUGCUGAUUUCAGAUGGAAAGUGAAGAUGAAUGAAAUGACUCCUUUGGAAAGAGUAAGACAAAUUUCCUUAUAUUUAUUGAUGUGGGGUGAAGCCAAUCAAGUUAGAUUCACUUCCGAAUGUUUAUGUUUCAUUUAUAAAUGUGGUUUGGAUUAUUUAGACUCGCCAUUAUGUCAACAAAGAGCCGAACCAAUGCCCGAAGGUGAUUUCUUAAAUAGAAUCAUCACUCCAAUUUAUAAAUAUAUUAGAAAUCAAGUCUAUGAAGUUCAAGAUGGUAGAUUUGUCAAACGUGAAAAAGAUCAUGAUAAGAUCGUCGGUUAUGAUGAUGUUAAUCAAUUAUUCUGGUAUCCAGAAGGUUUAACUAAAAUCAUCUUUGAAGAUGGUGAAAAAUUAACUGAUUUACCUUCAGAAGAAAGAUAUUUAAGACUAGGUGAUGUCGAUUGGAAUGAUGUUUUCUUCAAAACUUAUAAAGAAUCAAGAACUUGGUUACAUUUGAUUACCAAUUUCAAUCGUAUUUGGAUCAUGCAUAUCACCGUUUAUUGGAUGUAUUGUGCUUAUAACGCUCCAACUUUCUACACUCAUAACUAUCAACAAUUGGUUAACAAUCAACCUUUAGCUGCUUAUAGAUGGGCUUCUGCGGCCCUUGGUGGUACUUUAGCUUCAUUGAUUCAAAUUGUCGCUACUCUUUGUGAAUGGGCUUUUGUUCCAAGAAAAUGGGCUGGUGCUCAACAUUUGUCAAGAAGAUUUUGGUUAUUAUUGGUUAUUUUCGGUAUUAAUUUAGGUCCUAUUAUUUUCGUCUUCGCUUAUGAUAAAGAUGACGUUUAUUCUGUUGCCACUCAUGCCGUUUCUGCAGUUAUGUUUUUCAUUGCUGUUGCUACUUUGAUUUUCUUCUCUAUUAUGCCAUUAGGUGGAUUAUUUACUCCUUACAUGAAAAAGAAGACAAGACGUUAUGUAUCUUCUCAAACUUUCACUGCUAAUUUUGCUCCAUUGAAAGGUAUUGAUAUGUGGUUAUCCUAUUUGGUUUGGGUUACUGUCUUUGCUGCCAAGUACUCCGAAUCUUACUACUUCUUGAUUCUUUCCUUAAGAGAUCCUUUAAGAAUUUUAUCUACCAUGGAUAUGAGAUGUACUGGUGAAUAUUGGUGGGGUGAUGUCUUAUGUAAACAACAAGCAAAGAUUGUUUUAGGUUUAAUGGUCGCUACCGAUUUCAUCUUAUUCUUCUUAGAUACUUAUUUGUGGUACAUUUUGGUCAAUACUAUCUUCUCUGUUGGUAAAUCUUUCUACUUAGGUAUUUCUAUCUUGACUCCAUGGAGAAAUAUUUUUACAAGAUUACCAAAGAGAAUUUACUCCAAGAUCUUGGCUACUAAUGAUAUGGAAAUUAAAUAUAAACCAAAGGUUUUAAUUUCUCAAGUUUGGAACGCUAUUAUUAUCUCCAUGUAUAGAGAACAUUUAUUAGCUAUUGAUCACGUUCAAAGAUUAUUAUAUCAUCAAGUCCCAUCUGAAAUUGAAGGUAAGAGAACUUUAAGAGCUCCAACUUUCUUUGUCUCUCAAGAUGAUAAUAAUUUCGAAACUGAAUUCUUCCCAAGAAAUUCUGAAGCUGAACGUCGUAUUUCUUUCUUUGCCCAAUCUUUAGCUACUCCAAUUCCUGAACCGUUACCUGUUGACAACAUGCCAACUUUCACUGUCUUGACUCCUCAUUAUGCUGAAAGAAUCUUAUUAUCAUUAAGAGAAAUUAUUCGUGAAGAUGAUCAAUUUUCAAGAGUUACUUUACUAGAAUAUUUGAAACAAUUACAUCCAGUUGAAUGGGAUUGUUUUGUUAAGGAUACAAAGAUCUUAGCUGAAGAAACUGCUGCCUAUGAUGAAGAAGAAACUGGUGAAAAGAACGAUGCUUUGAAGACUCAAAUCGAUGAUUUACCAUUCUACUGUAUUGGUUUCAAGUCAGCUGCUCCUGAAUACACCUUAAGAACCCGUAUCUGGGCUUCCUUAAGAUUCCAAACUUUGUACCGUACUGUUUCUGGUUUUAUGAAUUACGCAAGAGCUAUUAAAUUGUUAUACCGUGUAGAAAACCCUGAAAUUGUUCAAAUGUUUGGUGGUAACGCUGAAGGUUUAGAAAAGGAAUUGGAAAAGAUGGCAAGAAGAAAGUUCAAAUUUGUUGUUUCUAUGCAAAGAUUGGCUAAAUUUAAACCACAUGAAAUGGAAAAUGCUGAAUUCUUACUAAGAGCUUAUCCUGAUUUACAAAUUGCUUAUUUGGAUGAAGAACCUCCAUUAAAUGAAGGUGAAGAACCAAGAAUUUACUCCGCUUUAAUUGAUGGUCAUUGUGAAAUCUUAGAUAACGGUAGAAGACGUCCAAAGUUCAGAGUUCAGUUAUCUGGUAACCCAAUUUUAGGUGAUGGUAAAUCUGAUAAUCAAAAUCAUGCUUUGAUUUUCUACAGAGGUGAAUAUAUCCAAUUGAUUGAUGCUAACCAAGAUAAUUAUUUGGAAGAAUGUUUGAAGAUUAGAUCUGUAUUGGCUGAAUUCGAAGAAUUAAAUGUGGAAAAUGUUAACCCAUACUCUCCAAGUUUAACUUAUGAAGAACAAACUACUAAUCAUCCUGUUGCUAUUGUUGGUGCAAGAGAAUAUAUUUUCUCUGAAAAUUCAGGUGUUUUAGGUGAUGUUGCUGCAGGUAAGGAACAAACUUUUGGUACUCUUUUCGCUCGUACUUUAUCUCAAAUUGGUGGUAAAUUACAUUAUGGUCAUCCGGAUUUCGUUAACGCUACUUAUAUGACAACAAGAGGUGGUAUUUCUAAGGCUCAAAAGGGUUUACAUUUGAACGAAGAUAUUUAUGCAGGUAUGAACGCCUUAUUAAGAGGUGGUAGAAUCAAGCACUGUGAAUAUUAUCAAUGUGGUAAAGGUAGAGAUUUAGGUUUUGGUACAAUUUUGAAUUUCAACACAAAGAUUGGUGCUGGUAUGGGUGAACAAAUGUUAUCUCGUGAAUAUUAUUACUUAGGUACUCAAUUACCAAUUGAUCGUUUCUUAUCUUUCUACUAUGCCCAUCCUGGUUUCCAUUUGAAUAACUUGUUUAUUCAAUUGUCUUUGCAAAUGUUCAUGUUAACCUUGGUCAAUAUGAAUGCUUUAGCCCAUGAAUCUAUUUUCUGUAUCUAUAACAGAAAUAAACCAAUCACUGAUAUUCUAUAUCCAAUCGGUUGUUACAACUUAUCUCCAGUCGUUGAUUGGGUUAGACGUUAUACUUUAUCUAUUUUCAUCGUUUUCUUCAUUGCCUUUGUCCCAAUUGUAGUUCAAGAAUUGAUUGAACGUGGUGUUUGGAAAGCUACUUUGAGAUUCUUCCGUCAUAUUCUAUCUUUAUCUCCAAUGUUUGAAGUUUUCGCUGGUCAAGUUUAUUCUAAUGCUUUAUUGAUGGAUAUGUCAGUUGGUGGUGCUCGUUAUAUUUCAACUGGUAGAGGGUUUGCUACUGCUCGUAUUCCAUUUUCUAUCUUGUACUCUAGAUUUGCUAAUUCUGCUAUCUACAUGGGUGCUAGAUCAAUGCUAAUGUUAUUCUUCGGUACUUGUUCUCACUGGCAAGCUCCAUUAUUAUGGUUCUGGGCUUCCUUAUCUUCAUUAUUGUUCUCUCCAUUUUUAUUCAACCCACAUCAAUUCUCUUGGGAAGACUAUUUCUUGGAUUAUAGAGAUUAUAUUAGAUGGUUAUCCAGAGGUAAUGGUAAAUACCACAGAAACUCUUGGAUUGGUUACGUUAGAAUGUCCAGAUCUCGUUCUACUGGUUUCAAGAAGAAGUUAACUGGUGAUGAUUCUGAAAAGAGUGCUGGUGAUGCAAACAGAGCUCAGAGAUGGAAUUUAAUUAUUUCUGACUUACUUCCAUGUGCUGUUUAUGCUGCCGGUUGUUUUGUUGCUUUCACCUUCAUUAACGCUCAAACUGGUGUUCACACAACCGUCGAUGAUAGAGUUAAUUCCGUUAUUCGUUUGAUUAUCUGUACUUUGGCUCCAAUUGCCGUUGAUUUAGGUGUUUUAUUCUUCUGCAUGUGUAUGGCUUGUUGUUCAGGUCCAUUGUUCAAUAUGUGUUGUAAGAAGACUGCCUCUGUCAUGGCUGGUUUUGCUCAUGGUGUUGCAGUUGUUAUCCAUAUUAUUAUGUUCAUUGUUAUGUGGGUUUUGGAAGGUUUCAACUGGAGUAGAAUGUUAUUGGGUUGUGUUGCUUCUAUUCAAUGUCAAAGGUUCAUUUUCCAAUGUAUGUCUGUUUUCUUAUUAACCAGAGAAAUGAAGAAUGAUAGAUCUAACACUGCUUUCUGGACUGGUAAAUGGUAUGGUAACAAAAUGGGUUACAUGGCAUGGACUCAACCAUCUAGAGAAUUAUGUGCAAAGGUUAUUGAAUUAUCCGAAUUUGCUGCCGAUUUUGUCUUAGGUCAUGUUAUUAUGUUUGUCCAAUUCCCAAUUGUUUGCAUUCCAGGUAUUGAUAAAUUCCAUUCUAUGAUGUUAUUCUGGUUGAAACCAUCUAGACAAAUUCGUCCACCAAUUUACUCCUUGAAACAAACUCGUCUAAGAAAGAAGAUGAUUAAGAAAUACAUGGGAUUAUACUUUACCGUUUUCAUCAUCUUUUUAGCUUGUAUCAUUGGUCCAGCUGUCGCUUCUAACAGAGUCUACAACAUUGGUUCUUCCUUAACUGGUGUCUUCCACAACAUUGUCCAACCAAGAAAUGUAAGCAACAACGAUACCGGGUAUAGUAUGUCUACUUAUGCUAGUCACUACUACACACAUACACCAUCUCUAAAGACUUGGUCUACCAUUAAAUGA